AUGGGUCCGUUGUGUGUUGGACAUGUGAAGAAUGCAUUUAGUAAUGACUGAGAGCAGAUUCGUCAAGGAUUCAGUCCUCUAUUAGCUGUUUUCACAUCAGAUGCUGUGGAACGUAUUGCUGCUAAGAAUAAUCUUAGCUUCACAGAUUUACUUUUGCCAUUUGCUACUGUCAAUUGCACAUUAAAGGAUCCAUCGGGUUCAUCGGUAACAUCACGCAUAUUCUUUGACUUUCGAGAUCUUCGACGAGACGGGUUUCUUCUAAGUUUAACUGUUUUACCUUCUGUCUUACAUGAAGCUACAUCGUCGGUUGCAUCCACAUCGGAUUCCGAUCCCGAACUUGCUUCCCUUGCUUUCAGUGAAACUUUACUGAAAUGGUCCGAGCCGGCAGAACAUGAAUUCCUUCGAACUUAUCUUGGUUGCUUAUUCGUCGUAUCUACCGAGGACGAGGAUCCUGUGGAAGAAUUAUCGAGAUUGAUUAAUAUUCAGCAUCAGCAGCAGUGUGGGCGGAAUGCCUUUGCUAUAGGGCCAGCAUACUGUGUAAUACCCAGAUGGAUGCUUCCAAAUAUUUUCAAAUAUUUCUUAAUUGUAGACGACGAAUCAUCAAGAAACGGAUCGUCGAGGGCGUCUUCCGUGUUUUCAGCAAUCACGACACAGUUUGGUGCUCAGAAUUGUUAUUUGCUCAAAUUAAAUUCAAAAUAUGAUGAUGAAUUAACGGAUCCAUGGGGUGCACAUUUGGAAUCAAAAUACCGUGGAUUGAAAAAAGGAUUACAACUUGCUAAGCAUAAAGUUCUCUCAAAAACGAUGGGGUUAACUGAUAACUUGACUUCAUCAACUACUGAAUCAUCUCUAACAGGACAGAAUGUCAUUGCCAGCUUUGGCUAUAUCUCUGCUGUACUUCAUGGGCAGUAUCUUAGCUACGAUGAUCGUGAAAAUGUUACAAAAAUGGUGGAGUGUAUGGUUCAUAAUGCUUUAUUACCUUGGGUAGAACGGCAAAUGCGCAGUCUCAAUGAACAAGUCAUCGCGCGUCGUGGAAUAAGCAAAUCGCUGACUGCCGGAGUACGGAAAUGGUUUGGAGCAGCAGCUGCUCAACAGACUACAUCAAUAACUUAUGCACAGGAUAGUGGCGAAAUGCAAAUUAGACUACUAGCCGAUCUCUGUUUCAUUUUUGGACUUUAUUCAUAUGCAUAUCAACUUUAUCAAAUCGUUCGAAAAGAAUUUGCUGUGGAUCAGGCUUGGUUAUACAAUGCUGGAACACUUGAAAUGGCAGCAUUAAGCUUAUUUUUAAGUACAUCUCAGAUUACUGCAAAGCAGUAUCCACAACAUUACAUGGAUGACGCGAUCAACUUUUACAAAACAGUCAGCCUAAAACCAAUUUUGACAAUGCGAGCUGCUAUUUUAAGUGCACUGAUACUCUCCACAUUGGAAUUAUAUGUUGAAGCAUGUACGCAACUUCUGAAACUAACGAAUUCUGAUGAUGACUUGUUCAGUGGUGUUUUGUUAGAAAGGGCAAGUGUUUAUUUUGGAAAUGCCAAGAUGCGUCGAAAAAUGGCAUUCCAUUACGUGUUAGCAGGACAUCGGAUGUCGAAGGCUGGUCAGAAACAAUUAUCCAUGGAAUGCUACAAGCGCGCUCUUCCUGAAUAUCUUUCCAAACGUUGGAUUUUUGCAGAAGAUCAUAUCCUUUAUACACUGGCUAAUGAAAGUGAACAAAAAGAAGAAGCCCUAUCGUGGUGCUUACCUUUAGUAAGGUCACAGUCGAUGCAAGACGCCGAUCAGCAGCAACUUUUUCUCAAGCAUUACCUGCAACUUUUGAACCACUGUAAUAGUACUCGAACUCAUGCAUUCCUGGUGAUACCGCUAGUAGAUAUUCAAAAUAUUGUUGUCAUUUAUGGAGAACGUCCAGUCGAGUUAACACCUGAAUUAGUCAUAGAUAUGGGAACUUCGGAUGGAUGGAUUAAUUUGGCAAAAGCUGCAUAUUGUACAAUAACAGGUUCUUUUGCCGGUUUUCGGGAAACAGGGACUGUUCGUACAGUUUUUACAGAUAAUUCGAAGAUGCCUUUUGCUCCACCGUUGGAAAGAAUGCGAAUAAUAUUGUCAUUAAAAAAUUCUAUGGAUAUUCCCUUGAUUUUGGAAAAUGUUCAUUUGGAAGUAUCAGCUGAUCCUACAAUGUAUUUGCAAACCUUUAUCGACAAAAUCUCUUUGAAACCGAAAUGUGAUUGGAUUCCUUUUGAGCUGUCUGUUAUUCCAAAAGAAGCUAUUGAUAAAGUGCAAGUGCACAGUUUGUCAUUUAAUCUUGUAGUUGACGAAAUCAGUGUUACAUACUCAAUUCCACUUAACAUUCGUGGACCGCGAUUGAAUAACACCAAGAAGGAGAAAACAUCAAUUUUAUAUGGAGAGGAUUACCGCUUAACUGCAAAAGUUACGAAAGAGCAGUGGCCACUGGUUGAAAUUGAUUUGCCACCAAAACGACGAUUACUGGCAUUCUGUGGCCAAAUUUGUCGAUUUAAUUGUGACGUGAGCAAUAUAGGUGUAGUACCUCUGGAAGCUUUUUGCAUAGUCACUGAUCAUCCGGAACUGAUUUCAGUUUAUGAGGAAGAAUGUCCAGGAAGUACUGCUUUUCGGUUUGUGAAAUGUACUUCAACAGCUAUAGAUGCUGCAAUUGGUGUUUUCAACUUGGAACAUGGUGUUAUUGGUGUAGGUCAAAAGAAAAGGUUACAGUUAGCAGUUCGAGCUCCUACCACUGAAUCUCUUGGACAUAGCAUAAUGCUAAUUUGCUACUAUCGUGGUAAUAAUUAUAUGGUAAGAGAGGAGAGGCAUGUAAUCGUGAUUGACACUCGUGUAAUUUUAGAAACUUCAUUAAGGCUUGUGGAUUAUACUAGUGGCGCGUGCUUGUUAAAGCUCCGUAAUCUUAUACCAAAUCGUAGUUCUUUACUCGCCAAAAUUGAACUAAUAAAGAUACGGCCGCUGAUUGCUCAUGCCAGGGUAAAUUUCACAUCGAAAAUAUGGCAAGAUUCUUUGCCACAGAUUUUUCUACAUCCUCUACAAAAACGUCGAGUGGAGCUGGAAAGUGAACAAACAGAUAGCAUACCAUUUUUGAUUAAUGGACGUGCGGGAGCAGUAUCUUUAUGGUUUUGCGAUGAAAUCAGUGAUAUUCCGGAGUGGUCUAGCCCUCCUGACCUUUCAGCUGAAGUAUCCAAUAUUGUACCUUCCACAAAACAAAAUACAGAAGACGAGAAUACAGCAGUUCC